GGGAAAAAGGGAGAGGGGAAAGGGGAGGCAGAGAGGAGAGAAACUAAGAAAAAAAGGCGGGCAGGGGCGGCAGGCACCUCGCAGCAUGAGAUGGCAACAGUCCGGCUGCCGGUCCUGGCGGGGGGCAGUCUCGGUGUGGUCGUUGUUGGGGCUGCUGCUGCUGCCUCUCUGGGCCGCGGCCGGCCCCGCUCCGGCCCCGCCGGGCAGGUCCGUGUGUUCCUCGUCCCCCCCCAGCGCGGGGUCGGUGCAGGAGCUGGCCGAGCGCUCCGCGGUGGUCAUCGAGGGAAAGGUGCAGGCAAGGCGGCAGCGGCCGGGGCACGGGCAGGGGCAGGGGCAGCGGCAGGGCGCGCGGGCAGGAAGGGCGGGCGGCGAGGGCCCGCGGGGGCAGCCGCUGCCCACCCCCGGCUGGCCCGUCUGGACCCCGGCGCCCGGCACCCCCGAGGACGCGCCCUACCUGGUGAGGGUGCACCAGGUGUGGGCGGCCAAAGCCGGGGGGCUGCAGAAGGACCGGCUGAUCGCCGUGCGGCUGGGGCCCUGGGGCCGGGCGCCCUUCCCCUCCUGCGGGAGGCUCAAGCCGGACAGCAGGUACAUCUUCUUCAUGGAGCCCGACGCCAACCGGACCGGCGCCGCCUCCCCGACACCCUUCACAGCCUCCUUCCCCCCGCUGGAGACCGGCAGGAACCUCAAGAAGGAGGUCGGCAGGGUGCUCUGUAGACGGUGCGCUGUGCCUCCCCGACUGAAGGAAAUGAAAAACCAGGAAUCAGUCGCGGGUGCAAAACUGGUGCUCCGGUGUGAAACCAGUUCAGAGUACUCCUCUCUCAAAUUCAAGUGGUUCAAGAAUGGAAGCGAACUAAACAAAAAAAACAAACCACAAAACAUCAAGAUCCAAAAGAAGCCAGGGAAAUCAGAACUUCGCAUUAGCAAAGCAUCACUGGCUGACUCCGGGGAAUACAUGUGCAAAGUCAUUAGUAAAUUAGGGAAUGACAGUACCUUUGCCAACAUCACUAUUGUGGAAUCGAAUGAGACCUCCACCCACUCAUCAGUAUCUACUGAAAGAGCAAAUAUGACCACAGAGCCCCCAAAUAAAAUAUCUGUGUCAACAGAAGGAACAAAUACUUCUUCAUCCACAUCUACAUCGACUACUGGGACAAGCCAUCUUGUAAAAUGUGCAGAAAAAGAGAAAACUUUCUGUGUGAAUGGAGGCGAGUGUUUCAUGGUCAAAGAUCUUUCAAACCCCUCAAGAUACUUGUGCAGGUGCCCAAAUGAGUUUACUGGUGAUCGUUGCCAAAACUACGUAAUGGCCAGCUUCUACAAGCAUCUUGGGAUUGAAUUUAUGGAAGCCGAGGAGCUCUACCAGAAAAGAGUGUUGACCAUCACUGGCAUCUGCAUUGCUCUUCUUGUAGUUGGCAUCAUGUGUGUUGUGGCCUACUGCAAAACCAAGAAGCAGCGGAAAAAGCUGCACGAUCGCCUCCGGCAGAGCCUUCGUUCCGAGCGCAAUAACAUGGUGAACCUGGCGAACGGGCCUCACCACCCAAACCCACCUCCGGAAAAUGUCCAGCUGGUCAAUCAGUAUGUGUCCAAAAACGUCAUCUCUAGUGAGCAUGUUAUAGAAAGAGAAACAGAGACAUCAUUUUCAACAAGCCACUAUACCUCAACAACCCACCAUUCCACCACCGUUACCCAGACACCCAGCCACAGCUGGAGCAACGGGCAUACAGAAAGUAUCAUUUCGGAAAGUCACUCCGUGCUCAUGACAUCUUCAGUAGAGAACAGCAGGCACACCAGCCCAACGGGGGGUCCCAGAGGACGGCUUAAUGGCAUAGGAGGCCCUCGAGAAUGCAACAGUUUCCUCAGGCAUGCCAGAGAGACCCCUGACUCCUAUCGAGACUCACCUCACAGUGAAAGGUAUGUGUCAGCUAUGACUACCCCAGCUCGCAUGUCACCAGUAGAUUUCCACACUGCUAGCUCCCCAAAGUCACCCCCAUUGGAAAUGUCUCCACCUGUGUCAAGCUUAACGGUGUCUGUGCCCUCGGUGGCAGUCAGCCCCUUUAUUGAAGAAGAGAGGCCUCUCCUGCUGGUCACCCCACCUCGAUUACGGGAGAAGAAGUAUGACCAUCACCCCCAGCAGUUCAACUCCUUCCACCACAACGCCGCCCAUGAGAGCAACAGCCUCCCCGCCAGCCCCUUGAGGAUAGUGGAGGAUGAGGAAUAUGAGACCACGCAGGAAUAUGAGCCCGCUCAGGAACCCGCAAAGAAACUCGUCAAUAGCCGACGGGCUAAAAGAACAAAGCCCAAUGGUCUCAUUUCCAACAGGGUGGAAAUGGACAGCGACACAGGCUCUGAGAGCAGUAGUUCUGAGAGCGAGACAGAAGAUGAGAGAAUAGGUGAAGACACCCCUUUCCUGAGCCUACAGAACCCCACGGCCACCAGCCUGGAGCCAGGCCCUGCCUUCCGCCUGGCUGAAAACAGGACUAACACACCGAGCCGCUUCUCCACACAGGAAGAAUUGCAAGCCAGGUUGUCCAGUGUAAUAGCUAAUCAAGACCCUAUCGCUGUAUAAAACUUAAAUAAAACACAUAGAUUCACGUGUAAAACUUUAUUUUAUAUAAUGAAGUA